ACACCAAUAAAAAAUUUCCCACCUAAUAAAUACCAACCAAAAAAAAAAAUCUAUCCACCAAAAGCAUGAAACAAAUUUCCAUAUAAUACUUGCCCGGCCUUACAAAUGACAAGGAUAAAUGCCCAUUUGCGGGUCCCAACCAAUGAUUAACUAAAUAGCAUCAUGUUUGACUAAUCCAUUAAUUAAAUAAAUACAGAAUGUGAUUAUGUGAACGUGCGUCCCUUCACUGCCCACCAAAUGUAAACUCUUUCGAUAGUCUUGAAUUGUUCUCUUCCAAAUUUUUUUCUUUAAAAAACUAACCAUUUGAAGUAAUAUAAAUUUAGUAGAGAACUUAUAUAUAUAUAUAACAAAGCAACAAAUCACAAAGACGUGGUAAUUACCUGCAAAAGACAAUGGCAUUGUCUAAGCCAAAAUCCUUUACGUUUGCUCUCAUAUUUCUCUCCCUUUUCCUCCUCUACCUAACUCUAACUUGCAGACUAAGACCAAAACGUCGUGAACUUCCAAUCUCCCUCCUAGAAAAAACAACUUCUUUUAGACAAAAUAAUUUGCCCAUGCAACAUGUCACCAGACUACCUCAAUGGUUUAGACUUUUGCAAGACGAAAUCAAGGACAAAACACUAAAAAUCGGCCUCGUCAACUUUAACGAUGUCUCGUUUUUCGACUACGUCGGAUUGCAUGGGGCAGAAAAUAUGGAGACAUUCGACGUGAAAUUUCCUAGAGUUUCGGAUAAAAUAAAGUGGAAAGACUUGUUCCCAGAAUGGAUUGAUGAAGACGAGGUUUCGACUAAGCCUAAAUGCCCAGAAAUCCCAAUGCCGGUUUUCGAGGAGUACGAGCAACUGGAUGUGGUGGUUGCAAAGGUUCCAUGUAAAAGAAGGGUUGGUUCUAGGGAUGUUUUUAGGCUUCAAGUUAACUUGGUGGUGGCUAGCUUGUUGGUAAGGAUCAGCGGUGGCCGCUGGAAUAAUAAUAAACGGCCGCUGUAUGCGGUGUUUAUCGGCGAUUGUGGGCCGAUGUGGGAGAUUUUCCGAUGUGAAGACGUGUUAUUGCAUGAAGAGAAUUUGUGGGUUUAUAAGCCUGAGCUGAAAAGGCUGAAGCAAAAAGUUCUUAUGCCUGUUGGUAGUUGUCAGCUUGCUCGUCCAUUUCCAGAACAAGGGCAAGAAAUUUGGAGUAAGUAUGCGGCAUCAGCAUUUGACAAAACAAUUUACAAGCCAAGAGAGGCUUAUGUGACAGUUCUCCAUUCCUCAGAAGCUUAUGUUUGUGGAGCAAUAGCUUUGGCACAAAGCAUCAUUCAAACUAAUUCUACUAGAGACCUUGUCCUCUUAGCAGAUGACUCAAUUUCGUCAAAAUCCCUUCUUGGCCUUAGAUCAGCAGGCUGGAAAAUCAAGAAAAUCAAAAGAAUAAGAAGUCCACAUGCUGAGAAAAAUGCAUAUAACGAAUGGAAUUACAGCAAGCUCAGAAUAUGGCAACUCAGUGAAUACGAUAAAGUCAUAUUCAUCGAUUCAGAUUUCGUAGUUUUUAGGAACAUCGAUCAAUUUUUCUCGUAUCCAGAACUAUCAGCUGCUGGAAAUGAUGGUUACAUUUUCAAUUCGGGUGUUAUGAUCAUAGAACCAUCAAAAUGCAAGUUCCAUAAUUUAAUGAACAAAAGGUUUGAAGUAGGUUCAUAUAAUGGGGGUGAUCAAGGCUUUUUAAAUGAAAUAUUUGUGUGGUGGCAUAGGUGGCCUAGUAAAUUAAAUACUCUCAAGAUUUUUGGCAAUUCGAGUCAUCGCGACCUUCGCGAUGAUUCGUAUGCUGUACAUUAUUUGGGACUAAAGCCAUGGAUGUGUUACGAAGACUAUGAUUGUAAUUGGGAUAGGGUGGAAUCUCAAAUUUUUGCGAGUGAUUCAGCACAUGAGAGGUGGUGGAAAGUGUACAAGAAAAUGCCUAUGGAGCUUAGGCAAUAUUGUGCAUUGACCCCAGAAAUGGAUGCAAGGAUAAUAAAGUGGAGGGGAAGAGCCAAGAAAGCUAAAUUUUCAAAUGGGCAUUGGAGGAUUCAAGUGAAAGAUCCAAGAAGAAUUUCCUAUUAAUUUAUUAUUUGAUAAUUAGUCUAACAAGAGAUUCAAAUCAUGUAUACUAACUAUUUCCCUUUCAGUAUUUUGCAAUAUGUUAUAUUUCUAGCAUGGUAGGAUCUCCAUUUGGUUACAAUAUUUCUAUUGCAUUCUCUCUUUCAGUUAGCUUAAUGUAUAUAUGUACUCAUAAGGGUAGAUCUCUGUGUGAUUUUUGCAAAUGCAAAUUCUGGUGCUUCUUUC